GUCCACAAAUCUCAUUCUGUAAUCUGCAAACACUCACGCCAAUUUCACACCACCUCGCACGAUCGAUAUCCUCCCCUCCCACAUCCCAUACACAAUAACACAGUCUCGAACUCAUCACCAUUCCCCCCACUGAACCCCAUCCCUCUCCCAUACUCCCUUAGAUCUCAAACCACCACUGGCUCAAUCGAGACCCAACCAACAAGAACGAUGGACUACCAACCAUGGCACAACGCCGCUUUCUAUUCGGGUUUCGAAUUCGCGAUCCCCCCAGAUCCCAAGGGAACAGCCCAAGACCGCAAGAAAGGCAAACAAGACCCCAAAAGGGGGAAAGCGAACACCAAACCGGAGGCAGAAAGCAGCCAACCCGAACCUCCCACGGGAAAACACGCCUCGAAAGGAAAACGCAAAGCCAAACCCUCCCAACCCGCGCAAGAAACCUGGCAGAUCCAAACCGUCCUCUCCAUCCGCACCCAACCCUCCGCAAUCCCAGCAACCGAGCCCCCCAUCUUCACGACCAUGACCUCGCUCGUCGCGCGCGUGAAGCAACUCACCGGACCCAUCCGGGGCCGCGAAGCCAUCCUGAAGAUGAGACUGCACCCGGCCCCUCUGGCCCAGACAGCCUCCACAGCCUCAGCGCCCCAAACCCAGACCCAAACAUCCCCAACCUCGGCCCACGACAAAGAAAAACAAGCCCUCACCCACCUCCCCAGCGCCAAGAUCUACGCGCCCUACCUCAUCACCACCCACCGCAGCGCCUUCGCCUCCCUUGCCGCGAACCCCCGCGACACUCGAUUCACAGCCGCCGCGAUGGCGACAGCGGUAUCCGUCGAGGACAGCUUUGCCACAAUCCUCCUCCUGGCCAUGCCGGUCGGGACGGACUGCCGGAAUAUUCAGAUGUGGAGGGAUGCCGGUGGCAACGAGCGGGAGGCGCUGCGCUCCGCGUUCCGCGAGACUUAUCUGGCGCUGGCCGCGGCGGGGGUGAUGCAUACGCGUCCCGGGCCGGAGCAUGUCAUUUGGGACCGGGAGCAUCGAAAGUGUUAUAUUGUGGGUUUGGGGAACGCGGUGCUGGGCGAGAGGGAUCGGGUGGUGCCGGUUGGGUUGUGGAAUCGGGUGUUGGGGGUUUGGGGGCUGGAGGGGGUUCAUUGGGGUGUUGAGGGGGAGGAUGGGGAGGAUGGGGAGGAUGGGGAGUGA